CUGUGUCUGUGGAAGGCACCGAUGAGUGGUUCUGAGUAAUUUCGCGCAUCAUCACGUAAAAACUGUUUACGCAAUUUAAUUCCCCCCUUUCCGAUUCGACAACCCCGGAACCCGGGAGCGACGUUAUUUCUGAAAAAAAAAAAACUCCCACGAGUAAACGAAAAGAAACACGCAAAUGUGAAUGACAGAGUCGGUGGAGCGAUUGAGCUUGAGGAUGUUUAUCACACUUCAGAAAUGCCUCGAAUGAGUCGCGGGGGAUUAAAACCAGCAAUCUCAAGGAAGUGAACUGUUAUCAAAAGGGACUUCAUCAAAGUUUCAUAGAGGAAAACGGCUUGGGAAAUGUCAAAUCUCUAUAGAAUCCGUGGAAUGUGGUUUGGAUCUCAAUCGAUUACGAACUUACCGACAUUUGUUGAAUGAGACUCAGCGAACAUGAGGUUGGAAAGAUGAACAUGUCUGAGGAGCAAAUAAACUGCACUAUAAGCCACGAAAUUCACCAGUACCUGUUUUCGGGUGCAUACAUCCUUGUCCUGCUCGUGGGUCUUCCCGCCAAUGCUUACUCGCUCUACCAUGCCUGGCUGCAACUGAAAGCCCACAAUGAGCUGGGGGUCUACUUGCUAAACCUGACCAUAUCUGAUCUGCUGUACCUGGCCUCCCUGCCCCUCUGGCUCCAGUAUAUCUUCCAAGGGGAUGACUGGAGCGGCUCGGAGUGGCUCUGUCAACUGUGUGGUUUCCUGCUCUACGAGAACAUCUACGUCAGCAUUGGCUUUCUCUGUUGUAUCUCCAUUGACCGUUACUUGGCGGUGGUCUACCCUUUCCGUUUCUCGGCUUUCCGAACGGUACGAGCAGCAGCGCUGGUCAGUACGGUGGUCUGGCUCAAAGAGCUUGCCGUAGGAGUGGUGUUCUUCCGGCACAAGGAGCUCAGCAGGGACAAGCACAACCAAUCCGUGUGCUUUGAGCACUAUCCCAUGAAGUCAUGGGAGUACUCAAUAAACUACUACCGCUUUUACAUAGGUUUCCUGUUCCCUUUAGGAAUCCUCUCCGUGUCAUACUUUAGAGUGCUUCGAGCAGUGGGCAAGAGUGCAGGCACGCAGACUGCCCAGAAAACUCGCAUCAAGUACCUGGUGACCAGCACCAUCAUCAUCUUCCUGGUUUGCUUCUCACCAUACCACGUCUUCCUACUGGUACGCACCAUAUUGGAGCGGGACUGCGACUUCAUCGAGAAAAUUUUCAACUACUACCAUUUCUCGCUGUUGCUUACUAGUUUUAACUGCGUCGCCGAUCCGGCGCUCUACUGUUUUAUCAGCGAGAGCGCUCAAAAGGAAAUCCAGAAGGCUCAGGAAGCUUGCACUCGGGUACUCUGCUGUUGUUCGAAAAGUCACGGAAGGUUCAACACGCACUCGACUGAGCUCGCAGUCACCAAUGAUAAUGCUACAGGUACCUCAGUGGUAACACUCUUGCAGCAGGUCAAAACCGACGUUUAAAUAUUAUGUAUCUCUACAACGGGCUCAAUACCGUUUAGCCACAGCUGCUGCGUGCUAUUUUUUAUUUUGCAACAUUAGCCUACUUUGUCAGAGUCAGUCCUGUAUUUUGUUCUAAAAUUAAACUGCAAUAUUUCAUGGUUUUGGGAAGCUAACAUGCUACUGUUACGUGGUGUAAUUCUCAGGGAUUGCUACCUUGAUAAUCGCCAGUGGUUGACAUUUGAGGUUUUAGUAACCGAAGCUAAACUUUGUCGUUACCGUUCCAAGUCCCUUUAGCUAUACAUGUGCAUGUAGUGUCCAAGACUAAACCCAAUUCUGCUUUCAAACUUCAUUGGUUUCAGUUCCUUUAAUACCGCACGUCACCAAAAAAUUACAUUUCUGUCAGAAUUUACUUACCCUAAUGCCAAUGACCUGUUGUUAGCACUUGCAGAUCUCUUUUUGCACAUGCAAACUUCACAAGCCAGAUUUAGCUACGAACCAGUGGCGUACAGUUCAUCGGUGUCUAAAACCAGGCACAAUGCAACUUGGUGAAACUAUAUGCAUGCUUAAUGCUGGUUUGCAAAGAUGAGAAAACUAAAUUAAAUAUCUAAAUUGUAGUUGUACGGCUUUUCAUGGACUUUGCAUGUGAUGAACUUUUAUGGUUCAAUAACAACAUGCUUACAAUAUGCUCUUAUUGUAGAAAAAGAAAGUAACAGCAUCUUUUGGUAUUCCAUGGUAAAAAAUUAGUCAUUCAGGUUUGGAACAUUAUGAAGGUGGAUAAAUGAUAACAGAAUUAGAAUUUUGGGGUGAACCUUUCCUCUAAGGAAACAACAGCAAUGAAGUUGUUUAUUUGUUGCCGUCUCACCUUUUACAUGGAUAGACAUGGAGCACACACACACAGUUAACAAGCAGCAAAAAAGUGUGCAGUGUGGGUGUGAAGGGUCAGCCACCUCCAAACAGACCAUUUGAACCUGGACGGCUUCCCACUGUGAUUUCAUAUCCAGAGAAAAUAGAUGAGGUGAGAAGUGAUUGAUUGAUGCUUGCUUCCAGCAAUCAUGGAUCUUCUGUUUGCUCAAACCGCUGAGGUAAAUAAAUAAAUGAGUGUUUGGGUGCAGCGUUUACAUUUUUAUUAUGGAAGUGAUCACAGCUAAUACCAGGAGUUUAAAUGAAAGACGCGUUCUAAAAGAACAUACAUGUGGAAGUGUUCUCUUUUUCCUGCGCAUUCAAACCAUGUUUACAAUGAAUACUCAAGCAUGCAAAUUGAAUGUAGGCUGCAUGUAACUAAAUCAAGGUCGUUUUCAGGUUAUUUCAUUGAUUUUAGAUAGCGAGCGCAGUUUUGGUUCAAAUUUGGGACUUUUUCUUAUUAUUGGUUGUUUGUUGCACAUAUCACUGCCAAUGAUUGUAUUGUUGCACAGUACACGGAGACAGAAACGGUGCUGUGAUGUAUCGCAGGGGUGUAACAGGUACACAGAAAUUAAUUUGACUAUAGGCACCGUGUUAGCUAAACAGAUUUUUGUAAGAUAACAUGUUCUCUCUAGUCUGUUAAUUGAAUUUUGGUUUUGUUUGGUUUGUUAGCCUCAAGGGCACAAAAUAAUGAAAAUAAUAGGUAAAGCAAACCCUUGCAGCGGCGGCAAAUAUGAUAUAUGUGGUGCAAAAACAUGAUUAAAUCUGUGUUACACUUUCUCUCUCUCUA